ACAUCAAUAAUAGUAGCGAACAAGCUCUCAAAAUUGAGAAUUGCCCCAUAAUAAGAACCCCAAUGAGUAUCACCUAGCCUUUUGAGACUCAUUUCUUGAUUCAAUCCUUGACCAACCUCUCGUUCAUUAGCAGCUAUAGCAUCUGCAAGCUUCUUAGUCUGGCUAUCUCGAACCAUGCAGCUCGUUUGCAAGAUCCCCCAACCAAACUAGUCACAUUAUUAACUGUUGUGAAAAAGUCGCCAACUUCUUUGUGAUUACUGGCUACUGCAACAAGUGCUAACUGAAGUUGAUGAGCAAAGUAGUGAACAUAAUAUGCAGAAGAAUUCUCACCCAAAAUCAAAGCCUUCAAACCAUUAAUCUCUCCUUUCAUGUUGCUAGCUCCAUCAUAGCCUUGUCCCCUAAUCAUAGACAUACUCAAUCCAUGUUUCAAAAGCAUUGCUUCAAUUUCCUUCUUCAAUGUCAAAGCUUUAGUAUUUGGCACAUGAGAAGUACACAGAAAUCUUUCCAAAACAACACCAUCAGAAUUCACAUACCUUAGAACGAUAGCCAUCUGUUCUUUCAUUGAUAUAUCACGUGUCUCAUCAACCAAUAUACAGAAAAAAUCAUUACCAAUAUCUGCAAUAAUUCUCUUAGUAGUUUCACAAGCCAUGGCAUGAACAAGAUCUCUUUGAAUCAUUGGAGAGGUAAGCUGAAGGUUUCCUGGAGCAUUCUUCCCAAUCACUCUUUGCACAUCUUCUCUAUCAAGAGCAUGAAAAUCUAAUAGCUGAAGAAAGUUACCUCUGUUCGUUGAAGUUGCAGAUUCUUUAUGCCCUCGAAAUGACAAUCCACUCACUACUAGCCACCUAAUGCAAUUAAGUGAAGCGACCAAACGAAUUCGAUAGUCUCUUUUGGCUUGAUCUGAUUGUAUGCAUAAUGCAACUUGAAUGCAUGUUGCUUGCUUCAGUAAAAGAUCAGAACUGUUUUUAGCUCUAUUGUGGUAACUCUUAUGCGCACCAACAUGAUCAGCAAAAGCUUUCAAUUUAUUCCAUGUUUUAAAACCUUCACCAAUAAAGCCAUCAUCACUUGCACCUCUCUUGCUGAACACACAGCAGUAUAGACAAUAAGCAGCAUCUUUUGAAACACUGUACUCAAGCCAAUUAUACUUUUUAAACCAAGACUCUUGGAAUUUACGCUUCUUUCCACUGAAAUUUAUGCAGGGAAAAUCAUGACCCUUUGGUUGAAUAUGACCCUUUUGAAGAUAAUAUCUUCUAACCUCAUCACGGAUAUUGGGAUGAAAACUAGACAUUUUAGAUCUUAAUCCCGGAUCUAGUGGCAAAGAGUUUACAUCAAAGUCCCUAUCCAACUUUGUUGAAGAAGACUCACUUUUCUCUAGAGAGUGAUUCACUGAACUUGAAAGAUUUGGUUCUUGUGUUUGAGUAGCUCCCACUGCCUGUGAGGGAGGAAAGGUUUGAGCUUGUCUACUUCCACUAGCUUCAACACCUUCAGUUUGACCAUUUGGACUACUAAGGACCUUUCUUGUGUAAUAUCUUUCCAUUUGUUUGUACCUAAUUCAGAGACAACAAUAAAAGCAACUAAGGAAUGAAUAAAGAGCAUAUUUUUGUAACAAAACACCCUGCCGCAGCAUCCAAACUUCUCCUCCUCUCGGCUCUCACCCAAACAAGAACAAAGGCAAGUAGGCAACGAAGACUGCAACAUAUGACUACCAAAUAAGAACAGGACCCCACCCAAUUGAAAUUCACAGACAACGUUUAAAAUUUUGAAACAAGAAAACUUGGAAACCUACCUGUGUUAUGCGAACAGUGGCUGCUGCGGAGUCGAAGGAGGAGGUUGGAUUCGAAGGAGGAGGUCGGAGUCGGAGAUUCGUCGGCAAACAACUGGUCUGCCGUCGCCGUUGCCUGUUGGAGCCUUGGAGGAGCAGCCGAGCAGAUGCUCGAGUGGCGCUGGCCGCUGGGAGCUGGUUUCGGGAGUGCGGCUGUGCGGGGGCGGUGAAAAGUCGUAAUCAAAAGGGGAUUUCGUUCGUCUCGGCUGAUGUAGGGGUGUCCCGAUAUAGUUAAUUAAUUUUUAGCUGUCCUGCCAAUUUAAGUUUGGAUUAAUAAAUAUGUGUCUAAAUAAUGACAAGAAGUCGGGCAUAGUGGACAACAUUGAUAUUAAUAAUUACCGUGUCCCGAGUUCGAAUCCCACUAGCUACAUGUGUAUUUUUAUUUCGCCAUACAGAUUCUACUACCGGGGGAUCGAUAAUUAUUUUCCCAAAUUUUAGGGGUGUCCCGGGACACCCCUAUACCUCCAUAAAUCCGCCCCUGGGUCAGUCUAUAAAUUUAUUUGAAUCCA